GAGAACAGGUGGCGCUGGACGAAGUUUCGGGCGGAAACUUGUAGGUUCAGGGGAGGUUAGGCUGCUUCUUAUAAAUAUGCAAGUCCAUUUUUACCGAAGGCCGGUUUAGAACGCAGGCGAACUGUUUAACAAGAGCGACAAUAAAAGCGAUACAAGCUGUUUGGUGCGGGGUGUUUGAGGUUUUUUUGAGGUGUCCUCUGCUUGAAAAUGGAUUGAUCAUCGACCCUUUGACGGAUUGUUGUCACUUCUGAUCCCAGGUCUGCGGUCUAACAAGAAAAACAAAAACAAAAAAACACCGCGUCCUAAAAGCUUUGGAGAUAUCUUAGGACUGUUAUUAAUAUAAUUUGCCCAGUGGUUUGGACUCCCUUUAACUGUUAUCACCUUUCUUUCCCACAUCUCAGGCCCCAACCGCCAGUUCAAGAUGACAGAGAAGGUCCCAUGGUGGAAGGUGUUCAUUCCAAAGAAAAAGAAUGCGGAUCCGUACGGCUUGGGCCCUGACUUCAACCCUUUCGCCCAGCAACCAGAGAGGCUGAAAGACCCGUCCUCUUCGUCCAAGACCACCACCGACCAGACCGUCCCCGCGCAGGGCUCCAGCUUCCUCAGCGACGAAACCUUCGACGACUCCAAGCUGGAAUCGGUGUUCAACGAGCAGACGUGCCGCAGGAACAUGAAGGUUUCCCGCUCGGGCCGGUUCAAGGAGAAGAGGAGGCCGCGCUCGACCCUUCCCAUCGAGGACAAGGGGAGGGAAGCCGCAGCGCCAGGCAGGGAGGACAAACGAUGACCCUGGGGAGAGGGGUGGACGUGUGUGUGUGUGUGUGUGUGGGUGUGCGUGUGCGUGUAAAAAGACUGCUUCACAGUAUUGCUUCAAAAGGAGUGGGAUUUAAAUAGCUGAAGGAACUUUAGUCUCAUGAGGCAUUGUACUGUACUGAGCGCUGGGGAUGAUGUUCAUGUGGGUUUUAUGUCAAUAAUGCAGAAUUCUGAAUAUGAGUUCAGAACUAUUUUUAAGAUUUAAGACAUUUUGUAGGGUUAUGUUACAAAUGUCUUACGUUUUUUUUUCUUAUCAAGGUCAUUGAACCAUUUUGCACAUGAAAUGUCACAAAUGCAACUCAAAGGGCAAGUAUGAGAAGCAAUGGGCUGGUAUUGGAUUCUCUCUCUAUGAAAAUAUUGAGUAAAGGUAUCAUGAAAUGUACAGCAUCACAUCGUGGACUGGCGACUUGUCCAGUUAUUGGUACCAUCCCACGGUUUUUUCCCAACUGCAGUUCAAACCAGCAAUAUCUUAAUGUUGAUAACUGGGACUUCUUUAGUUUCUAUAUCUCAAUUGCCCACUGCUUUUGCAAUUAAAAUAUUUCCAAAUGGCAGAAUUGGUUCACCAAAAGAAGCCAUCAUUAAGCUGACGUUGAACACCAGAAACUUCUAUGAUGGAAAUAUUUUUGAAUGAUUUUGUAACUAAUUUUUUUAAAACCUUGAUUUUUUUUUUUUUAUCAUGAUACUCUCAUUUUCUAAUUUUAUUUUUUUUACAGUUCAUCAAAUCACAAUAAUUUUUUUUUUUUUUAAAGCAGUAAUCAAAAGCUGUUUCUCUCUCAAAAAAGUGAAAUGCCUCUUGGAAAUGAUGUUCAAACAAUUGUUUUCCAAUAUUUGUUGUAAAAAAAACAAAAAAAAUACAAUGUUAAAAUGCUACAAAUAAUUUUUCUACGAUGAAGGAUAGUGCUCGUUUUUGCAAGACCUUUGCAAAACGUUUGACUCUGGGCGGUCUGAAGGAUUCCAGUGAAGAUGAAUCAGAAAUAUUUACCAGCAAAAAGCAGAAGCUAAUGAAGGAUUAAAUUCAAUCAGGCAUAUUUUACAAGGUUUGUUGCAAAGCUGCCUCUACUGAAAACAAUAUGCUCUUGAUAUCCAGAUGAAGAUAUGACAUGUGACAUAUAUAUUUUUUCUAUUUAAAAAAAAAAAGGAGCUGUGUAGCUUUGAUCACCUGUGAAUGCUUAACACAAAGGCAAAAUUAGAAAUAAACCUGCGACAGCUGA